AUGCCUCAGGAACAGUACACACACCACCGGAGCUCCAUGCCCAGCUCUGAGGGGCCACAAGUAUACAAGGUGGGCAUUUAUGGCUGGCGGAAAAGAUGCCUGUAUUUCUUUGUCCUACUCCUGAUGAUUUUAAUACUGGUGAACUUGGCCAUGACCAUCUGGAUUCUCAAAGUCAUGAACUUCACAAUCGAUGGAAUGGGGAACUUGAGAAUCACAGACAAAGGUCUAAAACUAGAAGGAGACUCCGAAUUCUUGCAACCUCUCUACGCCAAAGAAAUCCAGUCCCGACCAGGUAAUGCCCUGUACUUCAAAUCAGCCAGAAAUGUUACAGUGAACAUUCUCAAUGACCAGACUAAAGUGCUAACUCAGCUGAUAACAGGUCCAAAAGCCGUAGAAGCUUAUGGCAAAAAGUUUGAAGUAAAGACAGUUUCUGGAAAAUUGCUCUUUUCUGCAGAUAACGAUGAAGUGGUAGUAGGAGCUGAGAGAUUAAGAGUUUUAGGAGCGGAGGGCACAGUGUUCCCUAAAUCUAUAGAGACACCUAAUGUCAGGGCAGACCCCUUCAAGGAACUAAGGUUGGAGUCCCCGACCCGGUCUCUGGUGAUGGAGGCCCCAAAAGGAGUCGAAAUAAAUGCAGAAGCCGGCAACAUGGAAGCCACCUGCAGAACAGAGCUGAGGCUGGAGUCCAAAGAUGGAGAGAUUAAGUUAGAUGCUGCGAAAAUCAAACUACCUAGACUGCCUCACGGAUCCUACACGCCUACAGGAACGAGGCAGAAGGUCUUCGAGAUCUGCGUCUGCGCCAAUGGGAGAUUAUUCCUGUCCCAGGCAGGAACUGGUUCCACUUGUCAGAUAAACACAAGUGUCUGCCUUUGA